AUGUCCAACAGCAGCUCCAUCACCCAGUUCCUCCUCCUGGCAUUUGCAGACACACGAGAGCUGCAGCUCUUGCACUUCGGGCUCUUCCUGGGCAUCUACCUGGCUGCCCUCCUGGCCAACGGCCUCAUCAUCGCCACCAUCGUCUGUGACCACCGCCUCCACACCCCCAUGUACUUCUUCCUCCUCAACCUUUCUGUUUUUGACCUGGGCUCCAUCUCCACCACUGUCCCCAAAUCUAUGGCCAAUUCCCUCUGGGACACCACGGCCAUCUCCUACAAAGGAUGUGUUGCACAGGUCUUUUUUUUCUUUUUCUGUGCUGCAGCAGAGUUUCAUCUUCUCACUGUCAUGUCCUAUGACCGCUACGUUGCCAUCUGCAAACCCCUGCGCUAUGGGACCCUGAUGGGCAGCAGAGCUUGUGUCCACAUGGCAGCAGCUGCCUGGGGCAGUGGGUUUCUCAAUGCUCUGCUGCACACGGCCAAUACAUUUUCCCUACCCCUCUGCCAGGGCAAUGCUGUGGACCAGUUCUUCUGUGAGAUCCCCCAGAUCCUCAAGCUCUCCUGCUCAGGCUCCUUCCUCAGGAAAGCUGGGCUUCUAAUAUUAAGUUGUUUUUUAGCUUUUGUGUUUUUUGUUUUCAUCAUGCUAUCCUAUGUGCAGAUCUUCAGGGCCGUGCUGAGGAUCCCCUCUCAGCAGGGACGGCACAAAGCCUUUUCCACGUGCCUCCCUCACCUGGCCGUGGUCUCCCUGUUUGUCAGCACAGGCAUCUUUGCCUACCUGAAGCCCCCCUCCAUCUCUUCCCCAGUUCUCAAUCUGGUGGUGGCAGUGCUGUACUCAGUGGUGCCUCCAGCAGUGAACCCCCUCAUCUACAGCAUGAGGAACAAGGAAGUCAAGGAUGUAGUUUUGAAACUAUUUGAAUGGUGUCUACUUCAGAUUAAUAAGGUGCCCAUUAUACCACUACGGCUCCCACUGUAUAUCAGUAAAACCCAGGACUAA